UAGAACAGAUCUGAUUUCUCCAUCAGCAUCUGUGGGCUCAUCACUCCAGUCACUUGGAUUUCCACACCAUCUCCGAUAGAUUCGUAUCCAAUAGACAUCUUCUCCGGCGUUGAUCUACGAUCGAACGAUUCGACAUCACCUUCAGAUCAAUCACCCACAUCGCCUAAUCCCUUCUCGAUAACAGUCCGCCAUAAUGCUUUCCGAAAACGCUCAAUCUCUCAAGGUCUUGGACGACCUCAUGUCCAAGCUGGCCAUCUCCAAGGACGCUGCUGCGACCAAUGAGGCGACCGGUGCCCUGGCUACAUUCAUCAACGGUGACGCCCUGGACCAGGCCGCUCCUGAAAAGACCAUCGAGUCUCUCAAAAAGCAGCUUGCCAACAAGAAAGAUGCUGGUGUCAGAGAAAAGGCCGCCAGCGCCAUUAAGGCCAUAGCCCAGCACUCCGAGGUCUCGGCAACGGUCGAGCCCUACCUGGUUGUCCUUUUGCCCCUUACCUUGGCUGCUAUUGGCGACAAGAUAAGUGCGGUCAAGAAUGCCGCCAUCGCUGCCACCACGGCCAUCAUUGAGGCCAUCAAUCCCAACGCUGUCAAGGCAGUCCUGCCCGCCAUUAGCAACUCCAUUCAGACAGCCCAAAAAUGGCCCGAGAAGAUGGCUGCUCUCGACUGCAUCGACAGCCUCGUGCGGACCGCUCCCGCCCAGCUCUCCUACCGCGUCCCCGAACUCAUUCCCGUCGUCUCCGAGGCCAUGUGGGACACCAAGAAGGAGGUCAAGGACCACGCCUACAAGACCAUGGAGAAGAUUUGCGAGUUGAUUGUCAACCGUGAUAUCGAGAAGUUUAUUCCCGAGCUGAUCAAGUGUAUUGCGAAGCCGGAAAAUGUUCCCGAAACCGUUCACUUGCUGGGUGCCACCACUUUCGUCACUGAGGUUCGCGAGCCCACCCUCGCCCUCAUGGUUCCUCUGCUCGAUCGUGGUCUUGCCGAGCGUGAGACUGCCAUUAAGCGACAGGCCGCCAAGAUUGUCGACAACAUGUGCAAGCUCGUCGACGAUCCCAACAUUGUGGCACCUUUCUUGCCCAAGAUGAUGCCCGGUCUGCAGAAGAACUACGACAACUUAGCCGACCCCGAAGCCCGUGAGAAGACCAAGCAGGCUCUCGACACCAUCAUCCGUGUCGGUAACGUCAAGGACGGCAAGAUCCCCGAGGCUCGCCGAGAUGGUGAUAUCUCUAUUGUCCUCGCCCACCUUAAGUCCGUCAUUCCCAGCAAGCAGUCCGCUACCGCUGAGAAGCUCACCCCCAUCCUUGAGUACAUAUCGGCGAUCGCCGGUCAACUUAUUGACGAGAAGGAGACCGAGGCUGCUUCAUGGGCCAAUGCUAUCAAGCCUUUCGUCACCGUCAUCGUUGGUGACAGCGCGGCUGAGUCGGUUGUCGACAAUCUCCGCAAGAAGGCUUCCCCUGGCCUCGAGGAUGCGGCCGAGGAAGAGGUCGACGAGGACGAAGGUGAGGAUCUCUGCAACUGUACAUUCUCCCUCGCCUACGGUGCCAAGAUCCUUCUCAACCAAACUCAUCUGCGCCUAAAGCGUGGACGCCGGUACGGUCUCUGCGGUCCCAACGGAUCCGGCAAGUCUACUCUAAUGCGCUCCAUCAACAAUGAGCAAGUUGAAGGUUUUCCCAAGCAGAGCGAAGUCAAGACUGUCUUCGUUGAGCACGACCUGGACUCCGCCGAUACUGAAAUGACCACCAUCGACUGGACCAUGAAGAAGUUGUCUGACCACGGCAUCACCACCAGCCGCGAGGAGGUCGUGACGCGUCUCGACGAGUUUGGUUUCAACCCUGCCAUGAUCAACGGCGAAAUCACCGCUCUCUCUGGUGGUUGGAAGAUGAAGCUGGCUCUGUGCCGUGCCGUCUUCGAGGCGCCCGACAUUCUACUGCUCGACGAGCCCACCAACCAUCUGGAUGUGAAGAACGUGAAGUGGCUCGAGGAGUACCUCGCCAACUCCCCCUGCACUUCCAUCAUCGUGUCGCAUGACAGCGGUUUCCUUGACAACGUCUGCCAAUAUAUCGUCCACUACGAGCGCUACAAGCUCAAGACCUACAAGGGCAACCUGAGAGAGUUCGUCAAGAAGAACCCUGCUGCCAAGUCCUACUACGAGCUCGGCGAGUCCGAGAUGGAGUUCUCCUUCCCCGAGCCCGGUUUCCUCGAGGGUGUCAAAACCAAGGCCAAGGCCAUCUUGCGUGCCACCAAGAUGAGCUUCCAGUACCCCGGAACCCCCAAGCCCCAGAUCAGCGACAUCACCUUCCAGUGCUCUCUCGGCUCCCGUAUUGCCGUCAUUGGCCCCAACGGUGCCGGCAAGUCUACCCUGAUCAACGUGCUCACCGGUGAGCUCAUCCCUACCCAGGGUGAAAUCUACCAGCACGAGAACAUCCGUAUCGCCUACAUUAAGCAGCACGCUUUCGCGCACAUCGAUAACCACUUGGAGCUUACUCCCUCCGAGUACAUCCAGUGGCGUUUCCAGACAGGUGAGGAUCGUGAGACGAUGGAUCGUGCCAACAAGAUCAUCACCGAGGACGAUGAGAAGGCCAUGGACAAGGUCUUCCGUGUUGAGGGCUCGCAGCGUCGUGUCAUUGGCAUCCAUAGCCGAAGAAAGUUCAAGAACAGCUACGAGUACGAGUGUUCGUUUGCCCUGGGUGAGAACAUCGGCAUGAAGCAGGAGCGCUGGGUUCCCAUGAUGACGGCUGACAACGCCUGGCUGCCCCGCAGCGAGCUUUUGGCCUCUCACCAGAAAAUGGUGGCUGAUGUUGAUAUGAAGGAGGCUCUGGCCUCUGGUCAGUUCCGCCCUCUGGUUCGCAAGGAGAUCGAGUCGCACUGCGCCAACUUCGGUCUUGAUGCCGAGUUGGUGUCUCACUCGCGUAUGAAGGGUCUGUCUGGCGGUCAGCGUGUCAAGGUUGUCUUGGCUGCUUGUUCGUGGCAACGACCUCACUUGAUCGUUCUUGACGAGCCCACCAACUAUCUCGACAGAGACUCUCUGGGGGCCCUGUCCAAGGCGCUGAAGAAGUUCGAGGGUGGUGUCAUCAUCAUCACUCACUCGGCCGAGUUCACCAAGGACUUGACUGAGGAGGUUUGGGCUGUCAUGGAUGGCAAGAUGACUCCUUCUGGUCACAACUGGGUGACUGGCCAAGGCGCCGGUCCUAGACUGAAGGCAGAUGACGGUGAAGAGGAGGAGAAAUUCGAUGCUAUGGGCAAUAAGAUUGUGUCGACCAAGAAGAAGGCCAAGUUGACGAGCUCUGAGGCUCGCAAGAAGAAGAAGGAGCGUAUGGCACGUCGCAAGCGUGGUGAGGAGGUCUUCUCUGAUGAGGAUGACUGAGCGGAUCGCCCUUGAUACAUUUUUCCGCUUCACAUACAUCAUGACCCUUACGCACGAUUAAUUCCCGUUUACGAACACGGUACAUAAUUUCCAAUUUUGUCCGUUGAUGAUGCGCAAAAAGUUCCGGUUGCAUGGUUGAGGCAUUUCUGAUUUUCAGCGUCGUAGGUUGGCAAGCAACCGAGGACGACGCACCCUCAUUUCUCUAGCUGAGAGUAUGGAAGACAGCCUUCUGGAUUGGAGGCUCCGACAUGUGACUUCCUACUUUUGGUUGCGAGGAUACCAUAGAUAGACAAGCUGGUCCGUCAAUAGACUACGUGUUAGACAACUUUUUGAACUUUCUAUUUCUAUGAUGUUGUGAUUAUGCGUUGAUGUUGGGCUGUUGUAGAAUAAUAUUCAAUUUAACGUCACCCACAGGUCAUUGCCCC